UAGCAGGGACUACCAGAGCUGUGUCUAUGUCCAUGAGGCCACAGCCUCCCUCUAAGCCCAGGUCAGAGAGGCCGGCAACAGGGACCAGGACGUUGGUACACAAGAGCAAGCAGGAGUCAGAUCAGGUGUCUACCUCAGAGAAGGAGGCUAAAAGGCACGUCCAUAGGUCAGACUACCACAGCAGAGCUCUGAGCUCAGACAGCACCCACGAGAGCAGGAACAGUGAGGACUCGGGCUCCGACCAACACCAUGAGAGCACCCCGCGGAAGGUCAAAAAAAAGAAAAGAAGGAAACAUAAAGACAGGUCUACACCUAAAUCGAGUAUGUCCACUGAUAAUAGAAUCUCAAAGAGCCUGAGGAGCACCACGUUCCCCAGCUGUGUCAAGUCUACCACAGAGCUGCUGGAUGAGGCCCGAGGCAUCGUUGGGGCCACGGGAUCAGAGGACCAGGAGGAGAGAGAGCCAGAGGAGUCAGAGGUCAUGGCCAUGGGAUGUGUCAGAGGCAGUGUGACGACAGUAGAUGAAAUAAUUGCCUCCUUACAGAGAGGGUACAGUGAUUUGCCAUCUGCCUCCGAUCAGAUGAUGAAGGAGCUGAUGGAGAGAGUGCUGGGGGACAGCUACAAUGCAGACAAUGAGGAAGAGAAAACAGAGGAAACCAAAUCUGACACAUCCAAAAAGAAAGAAGACAAAAUUUGCAGUGUACAAAAACAGGGGACUCCUCAGAGGUACCUGGGUCCACCGAGGAUGAUGUCGGUUAACACACCAACCCCUCCAAGACCUGAUGAGUACCCUAAAGUCACAUCAGGGGUCUACAAGAUGGCAAACUCACUGUCAGAGAGAGAGACAGACAAAAAUGAUUCUACAACAUUUGCUCUGUCACAGAAGGUGACUUAUACAGAUUCAAUUACGGCUGAAGGAUAUUCCAUUGCUCCUUCUCAGAGACAAAGGAAAGUGUCUUCACAAAGGAAAACCAUUCAAGGCCUUUCCCUUCUUGCAACAUGGACCCCAAAAACACAUGCAGAUGAUUACAAAACCAUUCACCACCUCUGUACCAUGCCAGUCAGACAGGCCCUGCCUGUGGAGCUACAGCUGGCUUCCCAAGUCUGUCACACCUCCAGCCUACUCACUGCACAGCCACAGUUUCACCAACAGAGGGCAGUACUACAACACAUCGCUGCCCAGCCUGACAGACACAGGAUAGUAAAUGAAGGUGUGCCCUGUGUGGAGUUGACUGAUGGAAAUGACUGUGUGAACCACCUGCCACCUGAGACUUCGAACAGCUUGGCUGACUGGCAGAGGAUUGCUGAGUAUUAUGUCGAGAAGCCCAGGAUUAUGGUUUCCGGACAGGCGACCUCUCUGUGUUCCAGUGAGCUGAAGAUGUUCUGGCACCCAGCACCUCCGAAGUUCAGCUUUGCUCCUGCCUUUGUCAAACACAAACUCUUUCCCAAGUACCAGGCAACGCAGAACAUCCUAUCAAGGGAAGAGCUCUAUGGUGAUCUGCAGGACCUGGUGGAAUCAGCCUUGGAUCUGACUGAGCUAUCCCCCUCAGUGGAAAGAAUGCAGUCCAGAAAGUUCGAGUCUAUGAUAGACCUGAGAGUUACUGAGCAGUCGCCUCUAACCUCUUUUGACAAAGAACAGAGGCCCCGCUCUGCCCCGCACCUCAUCCCAGAGCCUGAGACUUUCCCCAAGGUACCGUGUGACUUCAUCACCAUCACCAGAGAGCUAGAGGUGGUACGGCAGCAGCAGGGGUCCUCAACCGUGCUGACAGAGGACACCACUCCCCCCGUCCAACUUGGGGCCCACCUUCACGUGCCCCCGGGGAGUACUGACGCCGAGCAGCUCACAGCAGCUCUCAGCGCCGGCCAAAUCCAGUUGAAAAAGGACAGAGGUAGGGUACCCCAGGGGAAACCCCUCAGAAGAGGCAAUAUUCUCCAUUCUAAGAAAAGGGUGAGCAAAGGCAGGAAGAAACUGAGCCCUGCCAAACUGGCCUACGUUCUUAAGAAACUGCAGGAGCCAGCACAUGCUCUCUCCAGAAGUGAGUCUGUGUCCCAGCUGCUACCCAUCAAACCGACCCCAUGCCCCUCAGAAGAACCCCCCUUCCCUCUGCCCUUGACUCGCUACCCAAGCCUCCCCCUUGUGCUCGACUUUGAGAGCUUUGCCACGGACCAGGGGGGCAUCCCAGACACGUUCCCUCAUUGGGAGUGGGCGAGGGAUAUAUGGGACGCCUGGUUUGAUGAGCUCUUCCCCCCGCCAGCAGAGAGCUGCAGCACCUCCAUGAAAGUGUCUGAGUCCUCCCAAAGGGCCCCUGACAGCACCUCCAGGAAAGGGUCUGAGUCCUCCCAAAGGGCCCUCAACAGCACCUCCAGGAAAGGGUCUGAGUCCUCCCAAAGGGCCCCCGGCAGCAACUCCAGGAAAGGGUCUGACUCCUCCCAAAGGGUCUCCAGCAGCAGCCUCCAGAGCAGACCCUACAAGGCUCUGAGGAAGCCUGAGGAGAAGGCCUUGAUGUUGGAUGAGAUCCAGGCCCUGGACAGGGUGGACCUUUCUCUGACCCUGGACCAGGGGCUGACCACGGCCGACUUGGAAGGCGAGGUGACCAAGUUGACCCUGGCUAUCACCCAGCAGGACAAACCCAACGCCUUUGACCUUUGUCGCAGGGGUGCGCUGCAGAAGAAACUGGGCUGGCUCAAGCAGGCUCUGGAGGAUCUCAAUGCUGCCAUUUCCCUAGAGCCCUACCUGCUGGAUGCUUACUGGCAAAGGCACAGCAUUUAUCUGCUCAGAAACAACUACAGUAGGGCUUUGGAAGACCUGAACUUCAUCAUCAAGCACAACAAGAAACAUGCAGACGCUUUGAAGUCUAAAGCAGAAAUCUACAAGCUGAUAGGAGAGACCACCCUGGCGAUCAUUAACUACACACUGGCCAUCAAAUGUAGACCUGAGGAUGAUGACAACUACUUCAAGAGGGCUGAGAUGUAUGAGAAGCGGAGUGAGAUGCUUCUGGCCAUGGAGGACUAUGCCAAAACGUUCACCGUCAACCCAAAGAGAACAGACGCUCUGAUCAUCCGUGCCCUGUGGUACUUCAACAGCUGUAACUGGAUGUUGGCCCUGUCUGACUUCAACCUGCUGCUCCAACAUGAGCCUGGCCAUGCUGUCGGCAGGAUGUACAGGGGCAGGAUCUAUUCCAAGCUUGGUCAGUACCAAGAGGCCAUCGAAGACUUCUCCCUGGCAGUUCACCUGGACCCCAACUGCUGGCUGGGCUUUUACCACAGAGGCUGUUUGCUGAGGAAGACAAUGCCAGAUAAGGCACUACGAGACCUCAGCACUUCAGUGCUGAUUAAUGACUGCCAGGAGAACCUGAGUGCCUUCCUGCACAGGGGUCUGCUCUACACGGAGCGACGGCAGUGGCAACAAGCCGCGUCUGACUUUGAAGCAGUGAUUAAACUUGACAGGACUGUGGCUCUGGCCCAUGUGAACCUGGGCUUGAUCUACAUGUUGAAGGGUCAGAACACUGAAGCCAUCCGAAAGUUCAGCAAUGCUUUGAGGGUGGAACCCACCUACAUCAGAGGCUACAUCUGCCGUGCCCAAGCCUAUCACAAUAUAAAUGAUCUGAAGAGAGCGCUGAAAGAUCUGGCACAAGCCAUACAUAUGAAACCAGAUGAUCAACAGUUGUAUAUUAUGAGGGGACAGUAUCUGUGUGAUAUGGAGAGGUUUGACCUAGCCACAUUCUGUAUCCAGUACGCUGCAGAGAUGAACAAAGCUCUAGGGUCAUCUCCCAUCCAGCAGGCGGUUGUCCAGUCCUUCCUUGGGAAUGAGGAUAAAGCCAUCACCUGUCUGGAGGCAGCCGCCAACAGCCAACCCUCACUUCCCAUCCUCAUUCUGCUGGGGAAGACUCAGAUGAAGGCCCGCAGGUUCAUGGAGGCAGUAGAGAGCUUUAGGAAAGCCCUGAGGCUGCUGUGCCCCAGCGAGGCCCGCCUGGUCAAUGUCCCUGAGGCUGCAGAGGUCUUCUAUCUGACAGGAGUCUGCUACAUGACACUGUUCCGCUGGCUGCAGGCUUUUGAGGCCUUCAGCAAUGCAGUGAAGAUCAACCCUGAUUAUGCUGAUGCAUACCACCAGCGAGGCCUCUGCCAUAUGCACCUGCAGCAAUCUACGAGUGUUCAGGACUUUAACAGAGCCCUCUCCAUCAACCCAAACCUCUUCCAGGUGUAUCUGAGUCGCGCCGCUUUUUAUGGCGCUAAAGGGCGAUAUUCAAAGGCCAUUCUGAACUGCAAUGAAGCCAUCAAGAUCCAGCCCAAGAGUAUCAGGGCCUAUCUGUAUAGAGGAGCACUCAAAUUCUACCUGGAGGCGUACAAAGGGGCUGUGGAGGACCUGACUAUGGCCUUGAGGAUUGACAAAACAUGCUCAUUUGCACACUACAACCGUGGAGUGUGUUUUCAACACCUUAAGGAAUAUGAAUUGGCUCUUCAAGACUAUGGGAUCGUCCUGCUCCUGCCUAGCAAGAAAGAGAUUGAUCUGAAAAUCUUGAUCAACCGUGCCCUUCUCUAUGAGGAGAUGAAUGAACCUCACAAUGCCUUACAGGAUUUCCAAGCAGCCUCCUUGAAAAGCCCAGAGGAUGCAACUAUCUUUCACGCCCUAGGCAUCUACCACCACAGGCUGGGCCAGCUCCAGGAGUCAGUAGAAGCCUUCAGCCAGGCACUGCAGCUCAGCCCGUUCUUCCUAGAAGCCUAUGUGGGGCGGGGCAACGCCUACAUGGACUACGACCACGCCCAGGCUACCAAGCUUGCCCAGAGGGAUUUCCUGUCUGCCCUGCAUCUCAACCCCCUCUGCUCUAAUGCACGAAUCUGCCUGGCCUACAACUUCCAGGUUUUCGGCUGCUUCCAGAGAGCCUGGAACCAGUUCACGGUGGCAGCAGAGAUUGACCCUAAGUGCUGGAAGGCAUUUGAGGGGCGAGCUGUUGUCAACCUGCAGAUGGGCAACACAUAUGCUGCCUUCCUGGACAUUAACAUGGCUCUGAAGCACUAUCCUGUGUCUGAUCAGCUGCUGACUAACCGAGGAGUGAUCAACCAGUUCAUGUGUGACAGAGCCAGCGCCAUGAGGGACUACCAGAGAGCCAUAUGUCUCAACCCCAAGUACGCCCUCGCCUUCUUUAAUGCUGCCAACCUCUACUUCUACAACAGGCAGUUUGACCAGGCCUGCGAGCACUACAGCCGGGCGUUGGAGCUGGACCCUGGGGAUGAGUCCGCCCUUCUGAACAGGGCCAUCACCAGGGCUCUGCUGAGGAAUGUUCCUGGGGCUCUCCGGGACUUCACCGAUGCUCUGAGACUCAACCCCUACUCCUCGCACGUGUUCUUCAACCGAGCCAAUCUCUACUGCUCCCUGCGCCAGUACGAACGUGCAGAGGCGGACCUCAGCCAAGCUCUUCUACUCCAGCCCAAUGAUGCCCUGGUCUACAAGCUCCGAGCUGAUGUCAGAGGUCAUCUGGGCUUGACUGACAAAGCGGUGCAGGACUAUCGAACAGCAAUAGAGCUCCAAGAGGCACUGGAGGAAUGAGAUGAACGAUCGCCAUAACAGUGGUACUAUACCAUCUAUCUCUAUGAUGUUGCAUGACAUUCAGACGCACUGUUUCUGGUUGACCGAUUGUAGAUGUCAUUCAAGUAGUAUGCUUUGUAAUAUAUUUUGCAUCCAAGUGUUUCUGUAUUUUAUAUAGUUAGUAGUUAUAUGUUAAGACAUGUUAAUGUUAUUGUAAUUUCAGAAAAUGUCCAAAGUAUGUCUACAGCAAUAAUUGCAAAAUGGUGUUUAACAGCAUUACUUCCCCACCAGUGUUGUUAUUGGCAGUGAUAUUCGCCUCUUGAUUUCUUCCCCAUGGCCUUGCAUUGUUGUCAAAAUAGAAAGUUCUGAAAUUUUUUUGGCAGUGUUAGCAAGUCGGGACUGGGGUGUGUGGCCAAUAUAGAAAUAGUUUCCAUUACCUGGUUAAAUAAAAGGGGCACACCUCACAGUUCAAUUUGUGUGUAUGUGAGAAAACCUAAACUAAAUGGGGAGGAGAAUAAUCUAAAAAUCUAAAAUGUCUGUGAAAAAUAUUUAAAUUGACAAAGAAUAUAGCUUGUGCAGCUGUUGAAAACUAGUGGAUGAAACCAAACGUAAGUUAAUAAUGUGAUUCUGUACUCUUAUGGAGUGGGGGUGGGGAAGAUUUGUUUUGAUGAAUGGUAUAGUUUUUGUAAUUCACCUAUCUUUCAGUAGGGGGGUGAAUCCCAUAGGUAUGUAGAGUGAUGGUUUGAAAAAAGAAAUAGCUGAUAUACGGUUUAAAAAAUGUAUUGCUUUGUGACAAAUUCAAUAUCCAUUAAUUCCCUGAGAGCCUGUAAACAGGCUGAAUCAGAGAGAGACAAUUUAAUCUCAGCCUACAAAGGAUCGCAACAAACGCACAGAUUGUACUUCCUUGAAUUUUGAGCUUUUUCCCAAUUAAGGAUUUGGGUUCUAUCUCGCCUAUCCAAAUCAGCUGAUCCAGUCACCAUUAAACAGGAGUUGUGUAGAGAAAGCAGAAUGUGGGAGGUUUACGGACUAUGACAAACACCUGCCAAGUGAACUGGCGUACGUCCAGGAGUGAGAAAAAGAGAGAGAGUUAAAAAGCGACAGAGUGCGAGAGAAAGAGGAGUGUGAACACAACCAUCUGUUCAACUCACACACUGAGACAAGGUGUGUGUGUGUUUGUGUGUGUGAGGGGGGGUGUUUGUGUGUGUCUGUGGGGGGUUGUGUAUCUGCAGUGUGUAGUAUUUCAAGGGUAAUCAGUGAUUCUCUUUACAAAUGCUUCCAAAAAUGAUAUAGCCGAAAUUCUUCUCUUUUCCAGAACCUUGUUCUUUGUUGUGUUCUAAUGGAAUAAGGUUGUUUUUGUUCUACGUGCGCCCUCGCAUUUACACAAUUAUGUCAGCCUUUUGAGGUGAGUAAAUUUAAACGUCAUCAGGGAGUUUGGUAUUGUCACUGCCUCACAGCUAGCUGCAUCUUUGUGAGACCAUGGUUCGAAUCCUGGAUUAGCUCAGGGGACCCACAAGGGGAGCUAUAGUUUGCCAGCUUCACACAGGUUUCUGAGUUGCCUUGCCUUGUUACACUCCAGUGGUUCCUUACGACGGGCUCUGAGCUCAAUUUAGGCACAGGGCCAAAGAAUGCUUUCUAUCUAAGGUUUCCGGUCUAGACUUCCUGGUUGAUUGAGCAGCUUGAUAAGAACCAGAAAGGUAUCGGAUGUGCUUUGGAGGACACAUAUCUUCACAUUGACUGUCCCUAAUCCCCUGGAAGUUGCUGUGAUGAGGCAGAACUUAAUAAUGAAUGGGAAAUGACAAUGAAAUACAUUGAAAAGGGGGUUAUAUAAAUGUUUUGUACAAUUUAAUUUAUUUCCUGUCCACUUGAUAUAGAUAUCAGUUCAACGUCUAGCUUUGAUUCUCCAUUAUUGGAUUUCUAACUGGCAUGACUUCCUUGGGAAAUCAGCAACAAUUUCAACCAUGUCAUUGGCUGUGGAUUAAAAGAUGUAACAAACGAUAAACAUAUCACUUUGUUCCUAGUAACUAGCACCUAAUGUAAUUUUAAGAUUUGAAGAUUAAACCUCAAGCUGUCCCAUAGGAGCCAGCAACAUUUGGCUUUACUAAUUAAACAGUUUACUUAAUUGUAUUUUUAUAUUCUCUAUAGUGUUAGCAAUUUCAUAGUCUCUGUGACAUUCCCCUGUAAUGUUGAGAUUUUACUAGCUACCUUGUCCAGCUGUUGAGGACUACAUGGCAACAAAUCCUCACAUAGUCCAUACAUUUUCUACUGUGUUUGAUCAACAGUAAUAGAAAUAGAGCAGAUUUGUAUUUUCCCCUCCUCGCUGGAGUCUGGCUAGGUCUGCUUUCUCUGUCUCAAUGCCUUUAGACUUGGUAUGAAAGAACACAUUUAAAAAAAAAAAAAAUGUAUUCCCUUGGAAGGUGACAGUGUCUUUGUUAAAUAACACAAAUGUCAACCUUCAACUUGUGCAUUUGUAUGUCUCAUACAUUUGUAAAUAGUAAUAAUUUGUGUUUGACAAUGAAAUAAUUGAUGAAUCACUGAAAAAGACAAGACUCUGCAACAAUUUGACAGUGGACAUUGAAUGUGAGUGUUACGACUUUCAGUGACAGUUUUCUAAUUCAGAUUCCAGUGGUAUGUAGAGUGGAUGGGGUAUAUUCAGCUGUCUUGGGUUUUAGGCAAAUUUGCAGUGUUUGCAGCCUCUGUUACUCUGGCAUAGCAUAUAUUUAGCACAGGUAUUUCCGUGGACCUCUUCAGUGUUAUUCAAUGUUUCAAAUCUCUUGCUGCUGUUUGAAAGUACCUCUUCCCCAUUCACUGUGUUGGCCCCUGUAAAGGGGACUACAUCUCUGAUUGUUUUAUGUUGGUA